AUGGAAUUCACUAAAGCACUGUGUGAUUUGGGAGCAAGUGUUAACUUGAUUCCAUUGAAUAUUUAUAAUAAAUUGGGUCUGGGGAAUCCCACACCUACCAACAUGAGACUCGUGAUGGCAGACAGGUCAGUAAAGCGACCUGUUGGAAUUCUGUAUGAUGUGUUGGUAAAGGUCUCAAAUUUCAUAUUCCCCGCAGACUUCGUCAUUCUGGACUACAAGGUGGACUUCGAAGUGACCAUAAUAUUGGGUCGACUUUUCCUCACAAUUGGAAGUGUGUUGAUCGAUUUGAUAGCGAAUGAGCUUUUUUUCACGGUGAAUGAUGAAGUUGUGCGGUAUAAUGUGGGAAAAUCAAUGAAACAGCAUGAGGAAAUGAGUUUGUUCUCAGUAGUUGAUUUGUAUUUUGAGGACGAACAGGAUGUGCUUAGAACUACACAACUUGUUAUUGAGCCUUUAGCUGUGGUUGUGAUGAACUAUGAUAGUGAAGGCAUUGAAGAGUAUGAAGAGAUAGUUUUUGCCCUAACUGGCCUAGGCUCAUAUUCUUAUACUUCUAAAAAGUUGGAACUUGACCUGGCUAAUCGACCAACAUCACCAACCAAGCCGUCUAUUGAAGAACCUCUCGUGUUGGAAUUGAAGAAGCUACCUGGUCACUUAUGA